AUGGCGACUCAGAAUUUAAAGAAGCGUCGACAAUCAUCGAGUGAUCCAUCGUCGAUUGCUUCCCAAUUCCAAGGCGUCAUGGGUCGAGCUGGUCCGGGGCAGCCUCCUCGCGAGCGAUUCGGGAAAACGUAUAACUUGCCUUUUUCAGAGCUCAACUCGACGCAAAGAGCAGCGGCGAGUGAGGUUCUUGGAAUUGCGGACGAAAAGGCGUGGGAGCUGGCCAUGCCGCGGCGAGUCCAAGGGAUGUGUGCUGUCACUGUCGUUUCAUUUCAGACCAAGACAUGGAGACAACUCUCGUCAGAACAUCAAAAGUUGGCAACAGAGCAGCUGAGCCUGAAUGAAUCCCUUUGGAAUGGUCAAUUGGCCCCCUUUCAUGACGAUCUCUGGAAGAUUCCAGGAAUUACGUUGACUCCAGAAGAGUUUGUACCAGUUUUGAAGACCAUCCAAAGGAUGGGAACCAAUCAUGUGUUGACAAAGAAGGACGUGGCACAAUUUCUGUGGAGCCUUCAAAGAGUUCUCCUGCCUUCUCAGGGAGUAUUGAUCGCCAAGACCCUCAAGUCAUCUUCGAGUUGGGAAAGUCUCUUGGAGUCCACCAGAAUCAGCGAUCGCCGCUACAAUACAAAAUUCCACAUUCAUCUUGUAGUGGCGUGUUUUCUCACAUUCCCACAUCGCUUUGUCGACAUGGGGCACACCCGGUUGAAUUUAUUUUGGGACGACGAUUCUUGCGGCUGUGUCUGGGGAAAUGCCUCUGAGGGGCAAGGCGACCAUCAUCAGCACCGGAAACCCUACCGCGAAGUGCUCCAUGGUCCCCGGGUGCGACGUUGUGUAGCGUCCAUUUUGACCGGGAAACUUCCUGAACGGGUCACUGAGAAAUCACAGUUGCCAGUUCUGCCAAAAUCAAUUGUCAAGUGCAUUUUGGACGAUCUGUUGGGAGUGACUGGGCCAAAAGAUCCGUUUCAAGUAUCCUGGCUAUCUGGAUAUGACGCCGAAUUGACAAUGUACUUUGAAACCAAAAAGAAAGCUCCGGAAAACCAGGAGCGAGUGAAUGAAGGGAAAUAG